ACAAUAACCACUUUCUUCCUGCGACGAGGACGAGAUCUUUCGAUCACCCAUAAAUCCGACCACAUUGUUCUCAUUUCCCAUCUACCGUCUCUUCAACCGACCAGCGGCUGCGCCCGGUCAUGCGCAUCAAUAGCUUCCCGUGACUUCACCAAAACCUCCGCAAUUCCAGCGUUAUAUCGUCAACCCAGCGACAUGGCGGUUCGCGAUAUCGAGCCAGCGCUUGCCAUGACAGGUCGGCUACAGGGCCUUCUUAAGCGUGCAUCUCAAAUCAAAGCGUCGACUGCCAUCGACCCGCCGCUGCAAGUAUCGGAGCUCAGCAGUGAGGAUGAAAUGCUGCUGGGUCCUAUCACUGGAGACGCGGAACUCCAUAAGUCGAUAGUCGAUGGAGCUGCACGGAACAUAUUCUACAACAUAUUGGCAACUACUUCUAUCGAAGAUCCAUCUUUUGUUCAAGUCUGGAAUCUUCUUGACAUACUACAGUAUUGUGGAGACAAAGAUCAAUGUUACUCAGGCUUGGUGUUUCUCCUCGUCGAGGAGCUCCUCGACAGUCAGAGCAUCGACGGCUGUAGGAUCAUAUUCGACUUUCUAGAGUCGAGAAGAGAGGCUCUCAUUGUUAACGGCUCCAAGAAUAAGGAUUUAGUGAUCCUGCGAUCUUGCAACGAGCUUCUCCGGCGUCUCUCGCGCGCAGAAGAUGCCGUCUUCUGUGGAAGAGUGUACAUUUUCCUUUUCCAGAGCUUCCCUCUCGGCGACAAGAGUUCGGUGAAUUUACGAGGAGAGUUCCAUGUCGAAAAUGUGACCACAUUCGAGGAUUACGGACAAGCGGCCGAAGAUGCUCAAGAUAGUACGGACAUUGACGCGGAUCGAACGGAGGAGACGGCAAAGGCGGGCGACAGUGGCAAAUCCGAGCAAGAGACUAUUAAGACAGCAGAGCCAGAUGCAAGUCAGAAACAUGGCCAGAAGACACUGACUAUCGACACUCUAUACCCAAUAUUCUGGUCGUUACAGCAGGCCUUCUCGAACCCGAUCAACCUUUUCAGCGAGGACCACUUUGCCGAAUUCAAAAAGGGGCUGGAAGCUACUCUAGCCAAAUUCAAAAAUGUUCCCAAAGUUAUCCAAGCUACAAACGCCGAGAGCAGCCGCGGCUUGAAGCGAAAGUUAGAGGAGACAUAUGAUGAGUUUGCCAGUACAUUCAACCCCAAGUAUCUCACUAGCCGUGAUCUUUUCAAACUCGAGUUGAGCGACCUAGCAUUUCAGAGGCAUAUCCUGGUCCAGGCUCUAAUUUUGAUUGACUUCAUCCUGUCGUUGACGGAGAAGUCUAAGAAGAAGCCGUAUCAGAUCAAUGCACAAAAAGCACUGCAGUACAACUUCACUCUUAGUGAGCAAGAUGCAGAGUGGGCAUCGGGCAUCAAGAACACCAUCGCAAAUUACCUGCAGGAUGCCCCAGAUGGCAAGUUCUACUACCGCAUGGUUGACACGGUGCUGUCACGAGAUAAGAAUUGGGUACGGUGGAAGAUGGAGAGCUGCCCUCCCAUCAUCCGCGACAGGGUCUCGACAAAGGAUUUCCAAGACGCGAAAUCCGGGGCGCGGAGAGCUUACGCUAGCAAGCGGAUCAAGGCCAAUGCUAUGGGGUUGGAUUUGACCUUCCUCUCAGACACGGAUGGCUCCAGUGGGCUCGAGCGGCUGAAGGAUGCAGAGAGAUACGUCGUACCCGGAGCGGAGUCGUUUGCAAAGGAGGUGGCCGGCAUUGACUUGGACCUUCAAAUGGCCGUGACGGAGCAGGAGAAGGAAAACUUGGGGGAGGCCAAGGCCAGCCAAACGUGGAGAGCGCUCCGCGUCGCGUCCAAGGACAAGCUGAGCCGGUUCGACCAGUUCGAGGGCAGCUCGCUGGAGAGGCUUUUUCAGCCGGAUGCGGCCGCGCAGACAGCAGAAGAGUAUGCACCGGAAAGCAGGGAUACAGAGCCGGACGACCUCAAGGCAUAGCGUGGAUGAACGGGCCGUCCAGGGCGUCAAGUGGCAGCGGAGCGCCGGCGGAAAGCAGGGACAGGGCGGGCUGUGGGGUGUGGCAGAGGCACGGGGGCAGCGUGAGAAGAGGGCCAGGCAGAUAUUGUCGAGGCGGGACCAUAAUGCA